AUGAGUUCAAAUAACGUUGUUUUACCACCAGCUAACGGUAAGAAAUUAUGGAGAGUUAAAAGAACUCCAUCUUCAACAAAUUCAAAUUCAAAUUCAACAUCUCACAAUAAUAAUCAUUCACAAACUUCAGUUGAAUGUUUAAAUAAUUCUUUAAAAAUUGUUGCUGCUGCUUCAAAAUUUACAGUUAAAAGACCACCAUUAAGAAGACCAAAAAAUAAACCAGGUAAACCAAAAGAUUUUGUUUUUGUUGAUUUAUCACCAAUAAAAUCAGAUGAAGAAAUUGAAUCACCAACUUCAUUAGUUGCUCCAACCAUUAAAAAACAAAUUGAUGCUACUCCAAUUGUUGAACAAUUACCAUCACCAUCAUUAUCUAUUGAAGAUUCAUUAUCAUCUAUAGAUGACUCUAUAUUUGAUUUACCAACAAUAAAUGGAUUUGAAUCACAACAAGAAAUUACUACUACUCAACAAAAUUAUGAAUCAUCAUCACAAUCAAAUUUAACAAGUCCAACUUUAGAAUUAGGUUUAGGUAUAAUGAAUUUAGGUAUAGAUUGGAAUCAACCACAACAAACUCCAAUUCAACCUCAAAUACAAGAAAUUCCACAAGCUCCAAAACAACCACCUCAACAACCAAAUUUCACAAACAAUGAAGCUCAACAACAACAACAAGAAUUUUUAUCACAACAAUUAUUUGGUUAUCAACAAGCAAUGUUACAACAACAUUUACAAAUUCAACAAUUACAACAACAAUUAAUUCAACAACAAAUUUCAAUAGAAUCUCAAAUUAUUCAAUCUUCAUCUAAUUCUCCACAUUCUCAACAAUUACAAUCACCAUUUCAAGAACCUUUACCUUCAAAUCCUUCACCUUUAAAAUCUUCAAAAAAACAAACUGCUGGUCAGUUUCAAUUUAAAUCUUAUCAACCAAAACAACAUCAAAGAACAGUUAGUGAAGCAUGUAUAAAAAAACCACAACAUAAUAACAAUAAAAAAUUACAUGAAAGAUCAAUGAGUUUACCAUAUACUCCAUCAUUACAACAACAAGUACCACAAUUACAAUCACAAUCUCAUAUACAAUUACAAUCUCAACAAUCUCAACAAUCUCAAUAUACUUCAUAUCCAAUGCAAUCAUCAGAUUCUAAUUAUUCAGAUGUAAGUUUAGAUGAUUUUAUGUUAUUAAAUGAUCAAAUUUCAAUUGAUUUAAAAAAUUUAGAAACUUUAACUACUCCAUAUAGUGAAAUUUCAGAAAAUGAUUUAAAUAAUAAAACUAAUGGUGGUAUUGAAGAUUAUUUAAAUAAUCAAUCACAAUUUAUUCAAUCUCAACAACAAAGUUGUUUUUCUAAAGAUGAUUUUGAAUUAGGUACUUUUGUUCACAUAUAG